AUGCUAAAUAAUUCACAUUCUUUGCAUCCUAAACAUUUUGUGGAAGUUUCAUGCGGCCUCGCCCCAUUUUCCAUGCAAAUAAAAGGAAGAAGGUGCUCCACUGCUCUCAGAGGAAGGUGCUCCAGCACAUCGCCUGCAUUGGUCCCUCACCCACAAGUCACCAUGUCCUGCUGCUCCCACAGCACCAGCUCCAGCCACCCCAUCGGGAAUUUCAGCUCUUCCUCGGCGGCUCUUCCCAGGAAUCCACAUCGUUUCGGCAUGGCCUUGUGUCUCUGGGGUGGUGGCAUGGGCUACCGUGGCUUGGGACACUUCAGCAGCAGAAGUUUCAAUGUUGUGGCCUUCUCCAAGGCCAGAACAGCUCUUGGACGACAUCCUCCUCCUCUGAGACGCGGAUAUGGCUUCGGUGCAGCUAGCAUGGGGUUCGGCUACCAAGGUGCUGGCUUUGUCUACAGGGUUUGUGGAGUCUCCAGGCCAUGCAUCAUCACACCCAUCACCAUCAACGAGCAACUGCUCCAGCCACUCAGAAUGGACCUCGAUCCCAACGUGCAAACGGUGAAGAACCAAGAGAAGGAGGAGAUCAAGACCCUCAACAACAAAUUUGCUUCUUUCAUUGACAAGGUUCGACUCCUGGAACAGCAGAACAAGGUGCUGGAGACCAAGUGGAACCUUCUACAGGGUCAAAACCCCUCCAAGAACACCAUCAGGCCCAUGUUAGAGGCUUACACUGGUAACUUGAGGAAGCAGCUGGAAGCACUGGGCUGCAAGAGAGCUCAGUUGGAAGCAGAGCUGAAAGCAGCACAGCAGGUUUUGGAAACCAACAAGAAAAUGUACAAGGACGAAGGCAGCCGCCGGACGUGCACCGAGAGGGAGUUCAUUGCCCUAAAGAAGGAUGCAAACUGCUUUUCCUUAAACAAAGAAGAGCUGGAAGCCAAAGUGAAAAGCCUGAAAGAGGAGGUGGAAUCCCUGAGAACCUUCUACGAGGAGGAAACCCACCAGCUGCGGGCCCAGAUCUCGGGUGCUUUGGUGGUGAUGCAGAUGGACACCAGCCGGGAUCUCCACCUGGAUGACAUGGUGGCGGACGUCAAGGCUCGGUACGAGGACAUCGCCCGCAGGAGCCGGGCAGAGGCGCAGACCCGGUAUGAAAACAAGUUUGAGGAGCUGCGAGUCACCGCAGGAAGAAACGCCAAGAGCCUGCAAGAGAGGAAAACCAAGGUCUUGGAGCUGAACUGGAGAGUCCAAGUCCUGACCGGAGAAGUGGGAAGCGCCAAGACCCAGCGCUGUGAGCUGGAAGCUGCCGUGACUGAUGCUGAGCAGCAUGGGAAGAUGGCCAUCAAGGAUGCCAAAGCCAAACUGUCCGAGCUGGAGGAUGCUCUGCAGAAGGCCAAGGCCGACCUGGCCCGGCAGCUCUGUGAGUACCAGGAGCUGAUGAAUGUCAAGCUGGCCCUGGACAUCGAGAUCGUCACCUAUAGGAAGCUGCUGGAGGGCGAGGAGAGCAGGCUCUGUGCUGAAGGCAACACCUUCCCCACCAACACCCGAACAACCUAA